AUGUCGUCGCGCCUAGCAGCAGCUCUUGUGGAAACGGCAGGAUCCGCCGCAGCAAGAGAAGCCGCAGUUCAGCUCACCUCCGCGAAGGGCCAGUUGCGGCUGGUCGGCGCUGGGGAGAGGCUCGGCGGUCUGUCUAAGGCGUUAGGAGAUGCGGCUCUGGUGGAAGUUGAGCGAGGAGCAACUCACGGGCUGGGCGACGACGAUGCCGUCGCGAGCGCCCAUCUCCAUUGGGGCCUGCUUCUGGGGCGCGCUGGCGGCGGUGCUGCCUGUGGUGGCGGGCAUGAUGAUGAAGCUUUUGGAGACGAGGCUGGACUCAGGGGUUCGUUCGGCUUGCCGUGA